GAGCUCGAGGAGCACCUGCGCGGUUGGCAGGCGAAGCUGGCCCUCGUCGAGGAGGAGCACGCCACGCUCAGGUCAAAAAUGGACCGAGCUCGUGCCCAUACCUUGCACAGUGAGGACACGCAGAAGGCUGCACCCGCAACGGAGGUAAAGCAGGACCUGCAGAAGUCUUCUCCUGUGGCAGAGGUCUGCCAGAACGCGUCAAAGGCGACGUUUGUGACGGAGGCGAAUCAGGAUACCCAGAAGACGAUGUCUGUGCCAGAGGUCGAUGUGGCCACGCAGAAAGCUGCACCUGUGACGAACUACAGUCAGCACAUGCAGAAGGCAACACCUGUGGUGGAUGGCAAUCGCGAGGUUGAAUCUCGCAGGCUGGCAGGAGAUCUCAUGGAGGCGGUGGAGACAUCCAUAAAGAGGCGGCCGGCUUCCGCUUUAUCUAUAUCUCUCUCUCUCUCUAUCGCUCUUUGUGGACUUCCUGGAAGCUCUGGCCUUCCGCCGUCGCGGGGCUGCGGGCGCGCCUGCGGGACGGCGGCUCUGUGCUGCGCGCGUUGGCCGUGGCCGAGAAGCCCGACAUCACCUUCCUGCAGGAGCACAAGAGUCCAGGACGUACACGUGGAGGACGCGGAGAGCAACCUCCUUAGCAUCUUCGAUGCCGCGGUGCCCUCCGCGGCGCCGCACGGAGUUGCCUGGGCCGUGUCCACUGCGCGGAAGGGCUAUUCUGGGACCUGUGCCAUCUACAGCAGGCGGGCCGGCGGUGGCAUCGUGCACUCUGCCGGCGGCGAGGUCAAUGCCGCCGACAGGGCGGAGGGGCGAACGGUGAGGCUGGAUCUGGCGUGCGGCCUGUCUGUGGUGGGGGCGUAUGUGCCGAACGCUGGCGCGGGGCUCAAGAGGCUGGAGUUUCGCGUGCGCGAGUGGGACGAAGACCUGCGCUCGUAUCUGCGGCGCCUCGGCGCGGAGCGCCCAGUGCUGCUCUGCGGGGACCUGAAUAAUGUGGCCCACGAGGAUUUGGACUUCUGGAACCCAGGCGAGCCAAGGACCAAAAAGCAGGCCGGGACCAGCCCGGAAGAGCGCGCCAGCUUCGGGCGAACCCUCGGGGAGCUCGACCUGGUGGAUGCCUUCAGGUGGCGGCACCCCGACGCAGAGGGAGUCUUCACCUACUGGAGCCAGCGCAGCAGGAGCCGCGGGGCCAACAGGGGCAUGCGCCUCGACUACUUCCUGGGGAGCCGCGGCCUCUUCGGGCCCCCGGGCGGCGGCGCCCGGAGCGCCGUGGCCGUGCACGACUGCGCCGUGCUCGACGCGUUCGGCGGCAGCGACCACUGCCCGAUCUCGUGCACGCUGAGGACGGCGCCGUCGGCCGCGAGUGCGGCGGAGACCGCGGG